AAUAUCCGGUAGAAUUUGAAAACGGUCCGAUCGGUGAGUCUGUCAUUAAAACAUAAUUACUCGGUCUAGAUGAAUAAAGCAACUCGUCUUGGCAUUCAAGUCUUCAAUGUAAAGAUCUUCAGCAAGAGGUAAUUGGAAAAUUCACUAUGACAACCAUACUUCGGACAUUUUUAUGUUUUGCUGUCUGCUUUGUACAGCAGGCAGUGGGCUCUGUGGGUAUAAACUGUAAUGAGACCAGCCAAUGUGAGCCAGGAGAGUGCUGCCAGAAGUCACGUCUAUAUCCAUUAAUGAGCAGACGAGAUGCUGACUACGAUGACAAUCCCAGACAUCCUGGAGUCUGUGCUCAAUACUUGCGGCUAGGCGAUAUUUGUAAUUCCUAUGACGAAUAUAACGGCUUUUGUGGUUGUGAGCCAGGAACAGAAUGCCAGACACACAAAGUGACACUAAAGAAAAGAAGGUUCUCACGAUCUCGUGAAAAUGGGUUUGCUCAGAAAUGCAGUAAAACAGAAACAACCACUAAGAUACCUGAGCUCAGUUAUAGAACGAAUUGAUAUGUAUGAAUUGAACUCCCAAUAAAGGUUACAAUUUUAAAAAAUACAUCCAUUAUUCUUUUCAGUAUUGUUUCCCUUUGAAUAAAUAAA